AUGCCCGUCAAAGAUCAACAUUUAGACUUGGACCUAGAAGCCCAAAUAUCUCAUUUAUCUGAUGAUUCUGAAAAUUAUGAUCUAGACCAUAAUGAUCGUUAUUAUGAAAACAACCCAAUCUCUGUCAAUUCAAGAACUCCAUACUCAAACAAUUCCAAAUCACACGGUGCUGACCUAAUUUACACCAUAACCACAUCAGGUACUGAUAAUGAAUUCAUUAUAAUUGACGGCAAGAAAUUUCUUAAAUCUGAUAUGCUCAAGGCAUUUGGUGGAUCCUUGACACCUGGUUAUUCAAGACCUUCUUCAUACAAUUUUGCAAACCCUGCACCUUUGGGACUAAGCGCUUUUGCACUAACAACUUUUGUGCUAAGUCUUGUCAAUACAAAAGCUAGAUCCGUGGAGACCCCGAAUGUUGUUGUUGGAUUAGCAAUGUUUUAUGGUGGAUUGAUUCAGUUAUUUGCAGGGAUGUGGGAAAUUGCGUUGAAUAAUACGUUUGGUGGGACAGCUUUGAGUAGUUAUGGUGGGUUUUGGUUAAGUUUUGGAGCCAUUUAUAUUGAUUUCUUUGGUAUUAAAAAAGCUUAUAAUGAUCCAAUUGAAUUGGAAAAUGCCGUGGGGUUUUAUUUGAUUGGAUGGUGUAUUUUUACAUUGGGGUUGACAAUGUGUACGAUGAAGUCCACGUUAGCAUUUAUGGGAUUGUUUGCAUUCCUAACUAUAACUUUUUUAUUAUUGGCUAUUGCAAAAUUUACUCAGAAUGUUGCAGUGAAUCAAGCUGGUGGUGUCUUUGGGAUUAUAACUGCUUUGAUUGCUUGGUAUAAUGCUUAUGCUGGGUUGGCAAAUAAAGAAAAUUCUUAUCUGGUGGCUAAUGCUAUAAGAUUACCUGAUAAUCUUUUCAAGGAUAAAUGA